GGUCGGACGGAACAGGUAGACUACAGCGCUGCUCUUCGCCACAACAACGAAGAGGACUUUCUUCAAAAGCAAUUGAACAGAGAGAGAGACGACUGUUUUGACCAUUGUGGAUAUAUCAAUAUCGACUUCAUAUCGAUUUUGCUGGAUUGCUCCUAGUUAUCCAAACUCAAGAUCGAUUCGGUGCGUGAAAUCCGUCCCUUCUCGGGUUUGUGCAUGUGUCCUUUUAGCCGAUUCGAGUCAAUAAUGCAGACAGUUUUAAGGUUUGUGUUACCCAUAAAGUUAAUUUGAAUCAGUCGCUUAUACAUUUCUGUCUCGCCGCCUUUGGAACGGACUCGAAACGCCGGGUGGAAACAUGGCAAACAACAGUGACGGUCCGAGGGAUGAUUUCAGUAAAAUUGCGGACGAGGAGCUUAUAACAUGGAGCAAAGAGGAUUUAAUUGAAAGUCUCAGAAAGAUAGAUGGUGACAGACUCGGUUUGAUGGUCGAACAUGGGAACCUGAUGAAGGACGUGAACCGGAGGCUGCAGGUUCACCUUCACGAGAUCCGGAGUUUGAAAGAAGUCAACCAGAAGCUCCAGGACGACAACAACGAGCUCCGAGAGUUGUGCUGCUUCUUGGACGAUGACAGGCAAAAGGGCAAGAAACUGUCUCGGGAAUGGCAGCGGUUUGGCAGGUACACGGCCAGCGUCAUGUGGAAAGAGGUUGGUAUGUACCAGCACAAGCUCAAAGAGCUGGAAGCUAACCAAGAAACAGUGAUGCGCGAAAACGUGGAGUUGAAGGAGAUUAUAAUGAUGUUGGACGAGGACAGGAACGGUGCUGGAUCCAGAAGUUCCAUUGAUAGCCAGUCCAGUUUGACUAACCUGAACGGAGGGUCCGGUACCGUGAGGGAUGUAGGAGACGGCAGCAGCACGUCCAGCACCGGCAGCGCGGGGAGCCCGGACCAUCACCACAACCACAUAGGCCUUCACAAGCCCACCGAGCCCAAGGUCUCAAACAUGGGCCGGUCCAUGGAUGACCUGUCCAGCUCCCAGCAUCACAGAAGCAUACCCAGUGGACUGAACGAUGUGAACUACAUUCGGCAACUGGAGACGAAGGUGCGGAUAUUGGAGGAUGACAACAGUAAGCUUUUGGCUCAGCAGGGAAGUAUGGGAGAUCUCAAGAUGCUGAGGAAGGGUCUGUCUCUCUACCACUCCGAGUCUCAACUCUCCUCGCUCGCCCACUAUCAAGAGGCCCUGCAGAACGGUUCUGCUCAUAUCCCGUCAGGUGACCCCAACUCCCCCCCCAGCCCCUACCUGCCCCCGGCACAGAAACCAGAGGCUGUGGUCCAUGCCAUGAAGGUGCUGGAGGUGCAUGAGAACCUGGACAGGCAGGUGCCUGAGGACUACGAGGAGGACCUGAGUGAAAAGGAGAAGGCCAUCGUCAGAGAGAUGUGCAACGUGGUGUGGCGUAAGCUGGGGGACGCGACAGGCUCCAAGCCCUCCAUUCGGCAGCACCUGUCUGGAAACCAGUUCAAGGGGCCCAUGUAGAGCCAACAACCACCACCACCACCACCACCAACAACAACAACAACAACAGCCAGCAACCAGGGCCCAGCCCUGGGGCCCCUAACACACCGGGCCCCCUAACAAAGGGUACUCCAACACCCAAGGCCCAUGUAGACCCCAAACCACCACCACCAACAGCCAGCAACCAGGGCCCUGUCCUGAGGGCUCCAACACCCCGGGUCCCCUAACACCACCCCUAUACCACGCAGGGCACUCUAACACCCAAGACCCAUGUAGACCCCAAACCACGACCAGCACAGCCAGCAUCCAGGGCCCUGUCCUGGGGGCACUAACACCAAGGGCCCCCUACCACCCAAGGUCCAUGUGGGGCCCAAGCCACCACCACCACCCCUGCCCAACCAGAGUCCAGGAACCGGGCCUGGGGCUGGUGCCCCUAACACCACCUCUACCACACAGGGUCCCCUACCAUCCGAGGCCCAUGUUGACCCCAAACCACCACCACCAGCCCGGCCUUCCAACCAUCCAGGGCACUGUCCUGAGGGCUC